UUGCUCCAUAAUUUGGUAUAAAUUGUUUAAUGUGUUGUUGAUUUAUAAUUGAAAUUUUACAAUUUUGUUUAGUGAAUGAACGUGAUUUUUCCUAAUUAUUUUGAAGUGACGUUAAUCUUUUAAUAAACAGAAAUUUUGACAUUGAUGCCAUAUAGUACUGGAGAGAAAGACCUUGAAUUUGUUUUUCUGCGUAUUGCUACUUAUUGGUUGUGGACCUUAUAGGGGCACAAGACGUUGAAACAGCUGACUAUAUUAUUUCAUUCAAUAUUAUAAGAAUGCGGAUGAUCCAAUUUAUUUAGUGCUGACUUAUAAGAAUUUUUUAUUCGAUACAGCACAACAUUGAAAAUAAGAACUUAAUGAAUAAUGGGCAAAUGUCAAGAUCUACUGGAGGCCGCUAGAAAUGGUAACACAGCAAUAGUUAGCAAAAUUCUUCAACACAAGGGAGGCCCACUGUCGAGUUUCAGACGCAGUCCCAGCAUCAACUGGCAAGAUGUUAACGGAUAUACCGCACUACAUCAUGCCUGUCUAAAUGGACACUACGAAAUUGUUAAGGUUCUACUCGCCCAUCAUGCUGCCCACGAGAUUCUUGAUAUUAGAGGUUCUUCACCUCUCUAUUUGGCUGCGUGGGCAGGAAAUGAACACAUUGUCAAUUUAAUACUAAUGAUACGAGGCACUGGGAAUCUUGAUGCACAGACUAUAGAAAAUGAAACUGCCCUUCAUUGUGCAGCACAACAUGGUCACAAUUCUGUUGUAUCAGCACUCUUGUCUCGUGGUGCUGAUCCUACAAUACGCAAUAAUAGUUUUCAAACUCCUCUAGACUUAGCAGCACAAUUUGGACGGUUGGAAGUAGUGCAGACCCUCAUUAGUAAACAUCCCGAAUUAAUCGAACCCUAUCGUGUCUACGACGAUCUUGUGGCUGUGGAAAAUGGUCGCUCACCUCCGUAUAAAAUAACGCCCACAAAACACAUUUUUACUCAAUCAUGUCUGCAUUUAGCCGCUCGAAAUGGUCACAAUGAAGUAGUGAAAACAUUAUUGGCUGCUGGAGUGGAUGUUAACAUUUCGACAAAUGCCGGUUCGGCAUUACAUGAAGCAGCCUUGUGUGGUAAGAAGAAUGUAGUGUGUACCCUACUAAGUGCCGGUAUAGAUCUCUAUGCUGUGGAUGGAAAUGGCAAGACUGCAUUGGAUAUAUUAAAAGACUAUCCAACAAAUGUCACCUAUGAAAUUCUUACCAUCAUUAAUGAUUUUUGGCAAACAAAUAGUAGCAUGAUAAAUAAAAAUCAUUUUCGCCCUAUAAAAGAUGUUAAUGACAAUCAUACAACAAUAUCCACUAGUCAGGAAUUGGAAAUUAAUCAAACUUCCGAUAUAGAGCAUCAACACCAGCGAUCGUUGACAAUAAACUCUUUAGACCGUUAUAACAAUUCCACAGAGCGUUAUACGCCUAUGGAACCAAUAAAAUGGACAAAAUCGAAUAGUGAUUUAAGUACAAAACAAGAACAAACACCUGAAUAUAAAUCGGUCUAUAAGUCUCAUUUACUACAUAGACGAUUAGGUGGCAUUGACAAACAAUUUCCAAAGUUUUCCAGCAUAAAUGAAUUACAAAAUCAGACUCCGCUCAAGUCUACACUAUAUCGAUGUGUAGAUGAGUAUGUGGAAAUGACAAUGCCAAAUUCGAGUACAUGUUCUACACCGCGAACACCUCGUACACCGGUAGCAACACCACAGCCAUUAGCUAGUCCUAGAACAUGUAUGGAAUAUGGUGAUUAUGCAAAUAUUAAUAUAAUUAAUGCACACAAUAAGCAUGAGUAUCAUGAUAAUGAAACAAUUUCUUUAACAUCGGGUAGUUUCGAUAACAAUAACAACAAUCACAAGCAUAAUGGAAACGAACAUUCUCCAACACCCGAUUGCCCACCACCAUCAGCAUCCGAAGCUGAAUCUACUAUAUUUGAAUUAGUCAAGCCAGCCGAAAGGACUUUAAAACGGAAAUCAUUACUAUUGCAACAGCAAGAUUCACAAUUUUAUGAUGGUCUAAAGUCGUUCAUAUGGGAAGAUCAAACGGAACCUCAAGACGAACAAUUUGACUCCCUAACCAGUUCUCGUGUAUCAGAAUGUGUAGAAGAAUUCGUUGGCGAUGUGCCGUUUGCAGGAUUGUUUAAAGGCUCUUCUUUAAACCUGGCAAAUACAUCGUCAUUAGAUUUACGAAAUUCCUCAGCAAUAGAAGAUAUUCCUAGUGGUUUGAGAUCUCCGAGCUUAGUAAGAUCGGUUAAGCCAAUACCUGCGAAACGUAAUGUUACAAUUAAAACGCCUACUUCGGAAGACGAAUACGAGAUUGAUGUCUCCAAAGCUUGGGAAGAAAUAAAUACGAUAUUUGAGAGUAUAGGCAACGAAAUGGCAGCAAAAGAUACCAAAUUGGAAGAUCUUGUCGAACACAAUGCUUUAACGAAUACUUUACGCAAAAAAACGUUGACAAUUCGAAAACCUGCUGAGUUGUUGCUGGGUUCGAUUACCCAGGAACAAAAUUCAAAUCCCAACUGGUGUCACUCAGCCAACACAUUGAUCUAUGGAUAUGUCAUAUAUAAUGUAUUUUAUUUGGGUUCAACUGUCAUCAGGGAAUUACACGGUACAGCAUCGACCAGAAAAUCAAUACAAAAAUUGAAACGCGAAGAAACGCCUUCACCUCAAGAUGAUAAUGAAGAAAAUGGUUUAAUUAAAGAUAUAAAUAGUUCGACUCGUAUUUUAAAAGCAACCAAUCAACAGACGCGUUUAGAAGUGGGCAUAGCAAUGUCACAUGCCGGAGUACGAUUUAUAGAAAUGGAAAAUAAGAGUACAAUAUGCGUUCAUGAUAUUGAAAAUAUCAAUUGUGUUAGCCAGGACACUGAUGAUUUGCGAUAUUUUGCUUAUAUAACAAGAGAGAAUGAUAUACACUAUUGUCAUGUCUUUAUGGUGGAUGAUGUGAAUUUGGCCACAGAAAUAAUUUUAACAUUGGGUCAAGCAUUUGAAGUAGCGUAUCAAUUAUCCCUGAUUAGUCAGGAUGAUUCCUUACAAACAUCACAGUCUUCCAUACACCAAGGUUCGAACAAAGAGAAACGCUUAAGCUAUAUCGAUGUUGUGGAUAAUAUUUAAAAUACUAAAAAUUCUAAAAAAAUUACACAUUUAUUAAACAAAAUUAGAAUGAAGAAAAUUCAUCUAAUAUUAUGAUAUUUAUUGUAACCCGAAAAUUCCCAUAUUUAUUAUAACAUUUAUUUAAUAAUA